AUGAACGAGACGACACCUGCCGGUCAACCUAUCGUAUCUAGGGAAAAGACAGCACCCUUCCUCAUACGAACAUUCAUUAAAAUCGGCAGCUUUCACCGGAUAGGUCAGUUUGAGGAUGGCCCGCUUCCUACCACUGAUGAACAACAGAUAUUCACUUGGAAGGACGCCACUCUCCGAGAAGUUCUGACUACUAUCCGUAACAGCACGCCCAUGAUUCAAGAAUACCGACACCCACUCGCGCGUUUCUCCUUCCGUACCGUAUACGCCGACCCAGGCAACAAAGGCCGCUUUGCCUCAAAAGACCUAGGCCAGGUCUACUCCCGUGACAUCCUCGGUGAACCAGGAUCACUGACCAGCACCGCACCACGUCUCCUCGAAGACAUCGACGGAGAGAACCGCGAGCCCACAGAGCGUGAACGAGAGGAGCGAACGCUCGACGAGCUACGUUUCGUUCCGGGCGACUACCUCUUGGUUGCGGUGUUUCUCCCAAAAAGCGUAGCGCCGCCCGAAUCGAAUACACGAGCGCCGCCUUUCAAUGGCUGGAAAGCUGGAGGGCCAGGGAUUGGUGGAAGUCCGGUGAUGGUUCGUGGAGGAGGCGGGCAUUGGAGGGGCGACUCGAACGGUCUUCGGGGGCGCGGUGGUGGACGUGGUGGCGGGGUUGGGGAUAGGGACUUGGAAGAUAGCCGUGUGCCGCCUCCGAGGCGCGGUGACCGGGGGAAUUCGCCUCCGCCUCGUGAGACAGGCUGGGGCCGACGAGGCGGUCGUGGUGGUCGUGGUGGAGGAAGGCGGUCGCGCUCUAGGUCGCGGUCACGUACUCCGCCUCUGAAGAAAAGUUCAAGAUACGACUGAUCAUUGUUUAUUCUGUCAUAAUCUCGUUCCGUAUCUUUUUAGGUGUGCUAUGUUUCGUCAUGUAACUGUUUCGACACUCUUCCCUGGCUAUGCUACGAGAUACACAAUUCACAUAUUUGCUCGAGACGAUGAUGGGAGCAUCUUGAGAUGAACACCUGAAGCCACAAGGCACCGGCGCGUCGUAUUCCAUAUCUUUGUAUUGAUUGGUCAGGGUGUUUGCUGUUGAUCUACUUGACGAGCCUUACCUCUGUGCGUACUGACAUGGUUCUCGCUCCGACGCUCAUGCUAGUGUUGACAAUGUUCAGCUUAUCUCCCAAUAAAGCUGGCGAGUGAUAUACCACGUCCAAAGUCUGCGAAAUUGUGUAGAUCUUAUCCCAAUCGCAGCUGGUGGUCUUGCACAGCACAUAGGCUACCAGACCAAGUGUAGAGCAU